AUGGCCCUCAGUAUCCGGCAGAAGAGGGUGCGAAGAAUCUCCGGAGACCCAGUCCAUGGGGUUGUGGUGCAAGGCCCUGUGGAUGGUCUGGCUACUGGCACCCCACUCUAUAGUGUGGUGGUGCAAGGCACUAUAGAUGGAAGGACUACUUGUAGACCAAGGAGUUGGAGGUUUGGUACCUGGAAUGUAGGUACGUUGACAGGAAGAAGUUUUGAAGUGGUGGAGGAGCUGCAGAGGAGAAUGGUUGACGUGGCUGCAUUACAGGAGAUCAGAUGGAAGGGUGAGGGUACAAGGUUUGUGGGGGCUAAAGGUGGAAGAUAUAAGUUGUGGUGGAAGGGGGAUGAUGGUACGGGAGGAGUUGGUGUGAUGGUAAGAGAAGAGUUGGUGGAGAAGGUGUUGGAAGUGAGGCGGAGAAGCAAUGGUGUAAUUGUAGUGGUGAUGGUGUUUGGAAAAGUAAUAGUGAGGGUGAUAUCAGGAUAUGCUCCGCAUCAAAGUAAGAAGGAAGAGGAGAAGGAUAGGUUUUAUGAUGAUGUUUCUGACGAGAUUGGGCAAGCGGGGUUGGAUGAGUUUGUGGUGUUGUUGGGUGAUUUGAAUGGUCAUGUGGGGGCGGAUGCAGACGGAUAUGAAGGUGUACAUGGGGGAUGGGGAUAUGGUAUACGGAAUGAGGAAGGGCGUAGAGUGUUGGAGUUAGCGGAUGCACAUAACAUGGUGGUGGGGAAUACCUGGUUUACAAGGGAACCAGCGCGAUUGAUUACAUAUAGGUCAGGGGAGCAUAGGUCAAUGAUAGACUAUAUAUUGGUAAGGGCCAAACAUAGAAAGUAUGUGAAGAAUGUGAAGGCGAUACCUGGUGAACUGUUGUCUGAAGAAGGAACAUACAAGAAAAAGGGAGGCGACAAAAGACUAAAAAUUGUUGAAUGGUUGUGCAGGUGGGUGUGCCUAAAAAAUGAUGAUGAGGAUUGUCAUGGAAAGAAAUCUGAAAUUUGUCGCUGUUUAGUACGCUUGCUAAAUACUGAAAGUCAGGAUGAGACCUUCAGUUCAAAACUGGCACUGUCAUCGUGCGGGUCUAAGCAUGCUCUCACCAGGCCUGUCUUCUGA